CACCGUAUGGCCGGCGACAUUAGCUAGCGCUCGCUCUACUCUCUCUAACGGGGAAGCAGCGGACUACAAGAGACUGAACUGUAUCUGCCUCUAUUUCCAACAGACUCACGUUCAACUUUCGCUCACGAAAAGCCGGGGAAAUUUUACUAGUCCUUUUUCUAAAAAAAAGUUCAUAUAAAAUUAUAGCAAAAAAAGGAACCUGAACUUUAGUAACACAGCUGGAACAAUCUGCGGCGGCGGCGGCGGCGGGAGAAGAGGUUUAAUUUAGUUGAUUUUCUGUGGUUGUUGGUUGCUCGCUAGUCUCACGGUGAUGGAAGCUGCACAUUUUUUCGAAGGGACCGAGAAGCUGCUGGAGGUUUGGUUCUCCCGGCAGCAGCCCGACGCGAACCAGGGGUCUGGGGAUCUUCGCACCAUCCCGAGAUCCGAGUGGGACAUACUUCUGAGGGAUGUGCAGUGCUCAAUCAUAAGUGUGACAAAAACCGACAAGCAGGAAGCGUAUGUACUCAGUGAGAGUAGCAUGUCUGUCCCCAAGAGACGUUUCAUUUUGAAGACAUGUGGUACCACCCUCUUGCUGAAAGCGCUGGUUCCCCUGCUGAAACUUGCUAGGGAUUACAGUGGGUUUGACUCAAUUCAAAGCUUCUUUUAUUCUCGUAAGAAUUUCAUGAAGCCUUCUCACCAAGGGUACCCACACCGGAAUUUCCAGGAAGAAAUAGAGUUUCUUAAUGCAAUUUUCCCAAAUGGAGCAGCAUACUGUAUGGGAGGUAUGAAUUCUGACUGUUGGUACUUGUAUACUCUGGAUUUUCCAGAGAGCCGGGUAAUCGGUCAGCCAGAUCAAACCCUGGAGAUUCUGAUGAGUGCACUUGGCCCAGCAGUCAUGGACCAGUUCUACAUGAAAGAUGGUGUUACUGCAAAGGACGUCACUCGUGAGAGUGGAAUUCGUGACCUGAUACCAGGUUCUGUCAUUGAUGCCACACUGUUCAAUCCUUGUGGGUAUUCAAUGAAUGGAAUGAAAUCGGAUGGAACUUAUUGUACUAUUCACAUCACUCCAGAACCAGAAUUUUCUUAUGUUAGCUUUGAAACAAACUUAAGUCAGACCUCCUAUGAUGACCUGAUCAGGAAAGUUGUGGAAGUCUUCAAAUCAGGAAAAUUUGUGACCACCUUGUUUGUUAAUCAGAGUUCUAAAUGUCGCACCGUGCUUUCUUCACCCCAGAAGAUUGAAGGUUUUAAGCGUCUUGAUUGCCAGAGUGCUAUGUUCAAUGAUUACAAUUUUGUUUUUACCAGUUUUGCUAAGAAGCAGCAACAACAGCAGAGUUGAUUAAGAAAAAUGAAGAAAAAAUGCCAAAAGAGAACACAUGUAGAAGGUGGUGGCUGCUUUUUAGAUGUUGAUACCGGGGGCCACGCUUUCUAUAGCUGCCACCUUGUAGUUGCAGAAAGCCCUAGAUGUAAUGAUAGUGUAAUCAUUUUGAAUUGUAUGCAUUAUUAUAUCAAGGAGUUAGAUAUCUUGCAUGAAUGCUCUCUUCUGUGUUUAGGUAUUCUCUGCCACUCUUGCUGUGAAAUUGAAGUGCAUGUAGAAAAAACCUUUUACUAUAUGAAACUUUGCAAAAUUUGUGAAAACUCAAAUUGGUUUAUGCAGAGUGUAAUAUUUCUCCAGGUAUCGUCCAAAAUUCCCCAUAGACAAGGCUUUCGUCCUCACUAGGUGUUGGCCUCAGCCUAUCUGGGACUGUUCUAUUAAAUUGCUGCCAGAAUUUUACAUCCAGUUACCUCCACUUUCUAGAACAUACUCUUUACUAAUGUUAUUGAAACCAGUUUCUACUUCAUACAGAUGUUUUUUGCAACAGCAAUUAAAAUUUUUCUUC